CCAGGGAGGGGGGCCACCGCAGCCCCCACAGGGGCAUUGGAAGGGCAGGUGGAGCCAGUGGCAUCGAUUGCAGUAACCCGAUCCCGAGGGGGAGGUGGCAACGACACGGUGGCUUCAGCGCCACAGCCACAGCCGGGCUGGGAGGGAAGCGGCCUGCAGCCGAGGGCUGGGCUGGGAAGUGCUGGGGCUGGGGCCCGGGUCGCGGUCGCGGCGGCCCUGCCUCUCCUCCCGGCCCAUCUAUUUUUAAUGAGCUCCCGGGGCUUCUGCAGCGGGCAGGACGCGGAAAGGCAGGCCCAGGCGGUGGAGGCCCGAGGCCCCAGCCCUGCCCUGAGCCCUGGCCUCCCAACCCUUCUGGGCAUGAGAGGGUGGCCCUGGGGCCCUGCAGCCCCCCAGCCGGGCAGGGCUCUCCAUGAAGCUGGUGCUGAAGAUGGAUUCCAGCCCAGACAAUGACAGCUGGUUGGAGGAUCAGUGGGAGCGCUGGCUCACCCAUGACAUCAGCUUGGAGGAGUUUGAGGAUGAAGACCUCUCAGAGAUCACCGAGGAGUGUGGCAUCAGUCUGCAGUGCAAAGAUACUCUGUCCUUGCGGCCCCCGCGCGCCGGGCUGCUGUCUGGGGGCGGCGGCGGCGCGGGGAGCCGGCUGCAGGCCGAGAUGCUGCAGAUGGACCUGAUCGACGCGGCGGGCGACACUCCCGGCGCCGAGGACGACGACGACGAGGAGGAGGAGCGCGCGGCGCGGCGGCCGGGAGCGGGGCCGCCCGAGGCCGAGCCCCGCCAGGAGCCGGCGCCCCGCGGCCAGGGCCAGGGCCAGGGCCAGGGCCAGGGCCAGGGCCAGGGCGGCGGGGACACGUACCGGCCCAAGCGGCCCACCACGCUCAACCUCUUCCCGCAGGUGCCGCGGUCUCAGGACACACUGAAUAAUAAUUCUCUGGGCAAGAAGCACAGUUGGCAGGAUCGGGUGUCUCGGUCAUCAUCACCCCUGAAGACCGGGGAGCAGACGCCUCCACAUGAGCACAUCUGCCUGAGCGAUGAGCUGCCGCCCCUGAGCAGCCCCACCACCACCAAGGACCGAGGCACCUCCACCGACAGCCCUUGCCGCCGCAGCACCGCCACGCAGAUGGCCCCUCCCGGCGGCCCCCCCGCCGCCCCGCCGAGUAGCCGCGGCCACUCGCAUCGAGAUCGCAUCCACUAUCAGGCGGACGUGCGGCUAGAGGCCACCGAGGAGAUCUACCUGACACCGGUGCAGAGGCCCCCGGACCCUGCGGAGCCCACCUCCGCCUUCCUGCCACCGGCCGAGAGCCGUAUGUCCGUCAGCUCCGAUCCAGACCCUGCCACCUACCCCUCCACCGCGGGGCGGCCGCACCCCUCCAUCAGCGAGGAGGACGAGGGCUUCGACUGCUUGUCGUCCCCGGAGCGGGCCGAGCCGCCGGGCGGAGGGUGGCGGGGGAGCCUUGGGGAGCCGCCGCCACCUCCACGGGCCUCGCUGAGCUCGGACACCAGCGCCCUGUCCUACGACUCGGUCAAGUACACGCUGGUGGUGGAUGAGCACGCACAGCUGGAGCUGGUGAGCCUGCGGCCGUGCUUCGGGGACUACAGCGACGAGAGCGACUCGGCCACCGUCUAUGACAACUGCGCCUCUGCCUCGUCACCCUAUGAGUCGGCCAUUGGGGAGGAAUACGAGGAGGCCCCCCGGCCACGGCCCUCAGCCUGCCUCUCCGAGGACUCCACGCCCGACGAGCCCGACGUCCACUUCUCCAAGAAGUUCCUGAACGUCUUCAUGAGUGGCCGCUCUCGCUCCUCCAGUGCGGAGUCCUUCGGGCUCUUCUCCUGUGUCAUCAACGGGGAGGAGCAGGAGCAGACACACCGGGCCAUAUUCAGGUUUGUGCCUCGACACGAAGACGAACUUGAGCUGGAGGUGGACGACCCCCUGCUGGUGGAGCUCCAGGCCGAGGACUACUGGUACGAAGCCUACAACAUGCGCACGGGCGCCCGGGGCGUCUUUCCUGCCUACUAUGCCAUCGAGGUCACCAAGGAGCCUGAACAUAUGGCAGCCCUGACCAAAAACAGUGACUGGGUGGACCAGUUCCGGGUGAAGUUCUUGGGCUCGGUCCAGGUCCCCUACCACAAGGGCAACGACGUGCUCUGUGCCGCUAUGCAAAAGAUCGCCACCACCCGCCGGCUCACCGUGCACUUUAACCCGCCAUCCAGCUGCGUCCUGGAGAUCAGCGUGCGGGGCGUGAAGAUCGGCGUCAAGGCUGAUGAUUCCCAGGAGGCCAAGGGGAAUAAAUGUAGCCACUUUUUCCAGUUGAAAAACAUCUCUUUCUGUGGAUACCAUCCAAAGAACAACAAGUACUUUGGGUUCAUCACCAAGCACCCCGCUGACCACCGGUUUGCCUGCCAUGUCUUUGUGUCCGAGGAAUCCACCAAAGCCCUCGCAGAAUCCGUGGGGAGAGCUUUCCAGCAGUUCUACAAGCAGUUCGUGGAGUACACGUGCCCCACGGAAGACAUCUACCUGGAGUAGCAGCGCUGCCCGGCCCUCUACAUCCCCCGGGCCCUCGGGCCCGCGGCCAGGACAGCUGGCUGCUGACAGGACACAGCACCGCUUGAGGAGGGGCACCCGUCACCACCAGAGGAUGGGGAAGUGGGGGCCUCUGGCCGAGGGUGGGGGAGGGCGGGGUUUAUGGGGAGAGGCAAAUGCAGUUUAUUGUAAUAUAUGGGACUAGAUUCAUCUAUGGAAGACAGAGCAGGCUGCCUGGGGAUUGGGGGGUUGCUGGGCUGAGGGGUGUCAGGCCUCUGGCCAGGAAGGAUGUCCACUGCAGGAGCAGAGGGCCCUGUUGUCGCAUCCUGGGCCUCACUUCCCCUGCUGGGCCUCCGGCUUUCUGGCAAAGGCUCCUACUUUGACGAAGCCCGUGCCGCCCGCCAGUGCCCACCCCACCCCCAGCUCCCAACCCCAGCCGGAGGCCCUGAGCUCAGGCUGAGCCCAGCCACCUCCCCAGGACUUCGCAGCAGGUGGGGGUGCGGUCCCUGUUCCCAGCUCUGUCACUUGUGUGGCCUCCGGGUGGCCGUCACGCUGGCCCCUGGCACGGGUGGGACCUCGCCAGGGAAGAAGAAAGCUGCGGCAGGGCCCCGUCCCGGCAGGAAAAGGAGGCUUCUCGACUGGCCCGGGCCAGCCAGGGCCUCUUGGCUGCUUUGGCCGUAGCCCCAGCUUGGUCCUGCCACCCUGGCCACAACUAUUAAAGUGCCAUUUCCUGUCUGGA